AUGGCUCGGCCGCGAAGAGAGGGAACUGCAUGCGGGCGCACGUCUGCAGAGCUACCUGGGUGCUGCUACUACUGUGCAAGGUACCGGAAAGGGAGCGCUGUCUGCUUCAACGUCCCGGAGUGUUGUCGUGAGGGAGCGGACAGGGCAGAAGUUUGUCUGGAUCUCGGCGGCGCCGACGCGCCCCUCGCCGAGCGCGCCUGCCAGUCGCGGGCCCUGGAUCUGGGGAAGGCACGCAGCGUCGCAUCAUCGGCGCCGAAAAUUCGAGCAGCGGGCGCAGGGGAGGGUAGCGCGCAGCUGAACGCUUCCGAGAAGAGCCAUCGCUGGCGAGCAGCGUUUGUGUCUGGCGUCGUCGACGUCUGCACUCAGGCCGAUCGCGCAAAGCCGCGGGCGGGCCACACCACCCUCCUGCAGGUCCCUCUCCACCACGCCGGAACAGCCACACUCACGCGCGGUAUCUCCGUCCUCCGAUGCUCUCGAUUGGCCCGCAGGCGAGGAUCGAAGCAGGGGAGCCGCAGCCGAGCAGACGCCUCGAACUCCAAUAUCCAGGGAUUAGUUUUGGAGUAG